AUGCACAACAUCAAGGCCACUGCGGCGUACUUUGGGUUUGAAGACCUUCAAUCCAUCGCCCACCUGGGCGAAGACCUCCUCUCCAGUCUGAGAAACGGCGAGUUGGACUUCAACGAAGACGUCACGAAUGCACUCUUCGUCACGAUUGACGCAGCGCAAGAGAUCUUCAGCGAGAUCGAAACGCACGGACGCGAGACGAAGAACGACGAUGACCAAGUGGAUCAAAUCGAAACGCUCGCGCCGCGGGCGGAUCCGAAGGUUCGUAUCGACGUUGAAGUUCUCGACGAAAUUCUGGAAAUUGCGACCGAGCUCUCGCUCAUCCGCAAUCAGAUCCUUCGCUAUGCGGAUCGGCCGCAGAUCCACGACGCAGCAAUAAAGAUCGACGCACUCAGCAUCGCCCUGCGUGGGCGCGUCAUGCAGGCUAGGUUGCAACCCGUCGACAGUGUGUUCCGCCCUCUCAACCGACUCGCUCGACGACUCGCCGAUCGUGGAGGUAAGCAGGUCCGGCUCGAACUGCGUGGACGCCGCACCGAGUUAGACAAGAGCUCGCUCGAAGCACUAAGGCGCGCCAUCACACAUCUCCUCCGAAACGCUGUCGAUCACGGCAUCGAACUGCCCUCGGUUCGUCGUUCGUGCGGCAAGCCCGAACAGGGUCGAAUUGAAUGCCGAGCGUUUCACGAGGGAGACACCGUCCGAGUUGAGAUUCAUGACGAUGGGCGCGGCAUUGAUAUCGAGUCCGUUCGAACGGGCGCGGUAGCGCUCGGGCUGCUGGACGUCGAAGAAGCCAAGCACAUCGAUCGUAAUACUCUGCUCGAGCUGCUCUUCGCGCCGGGAUUCACGACUGCAGUCGAGCUGACGCGUCUUUCCGGACGAGGCGUCGGACUCGACGCCGUGCGUGCCGAAAUCGAUGCGGUCGGCGGUGAGGUACGGAUACGAAGCAGCGCGGGAUGCGGCACCACCGUUCACAUCGCAGUUCCCAUGUCGCGUCCUUUGGUGUCGGCGUUGAUCGUCGAGUCGCACGUCGACGUCGAAGGAACGACGGUCCCGCUGCGACACCUCAGCACGCUGCUCGGCUACGCGCCGGACGAUGCGCCGACCCACGCUAUCAUCAUGCGUGGAGCGUGCGGUGUUGUCGCGCUCGCGGUCGACGGCCUCGAGGGUACCGAAGAGCUCGCGCCGUGCGCAUUCCCGCCAGUCAUGAUGCGACAUCCGCUGAUCGGAGGCACUGCGGUGACCGACGCCGGGACAGUUCUCAUUCUGGAUCUCAACGCAGACUGGACGCUCGACUACGCCAACCUCAACGCGGCGUAG